AUGGACAGAAACACAGACAUGUUCUCAAACCUGCCAAGUUCUCUACUCAUAAUCAUUGCAAGUUUCCUGUCAUUCAAAGAAGCUGCUAGAACAUGCAUCUUGUCCAAAAAAUGGCUUAAUAUUUGGCGCGAAGUGGAGAACGUUGAUUUCGAUGAAAACAACUUUGUUAAACUUGAUGAAUCUGAGAAGAAUCAAAAAGUUCAAAGAGAAGUUUUCAUCAACUUUGCACGGCAGUUUAUUGCAAACCAUUCACAACAGGUUAUCAAAACACUUGGACUCAGAUGUUCAAAGCCAGGGAAUUUUCUUGUCGAUAUGCAAAACAUUGUCAAGUUUGCCACCUCGCAUAACGCGACAGGAUUAAGACUAGAUUUCUCUGAUCCUACAUGGAGAGAAGACGCAAUUAUGAAUCAUGAAGCAGUAUUUGAAUUGCCUUCACAUGUUUAUGAACAUGGCCAGGCUCUUGAAUCCUUGAAGUUGUUUUCGUGCAGGUUUGAUGCAUCUAAGUUCACUAACUUUAGUGCAAUAAAGAGCCUUUCUCUGGGGUGGAUUAACAUAAAUAUUGGAUCUAUUUUGGUUAUAUUGGAGAGUUGUCCAUUGCUAGAGACUUUGCGUCUGAAAAAGUGUUGGAACUUGGAAUAUUUUGAGGUAUCCAAGCCAGGUUUGAGGCUACAAAAUUUGGUUCUUGACAAAUGUGAUUUUAGGCAUGAAUGGUUAUUAAUUGAAGGACCAAGAUUUCAAUUCUUCAAGUACUCAGGAAAAGUGGGUCAAUUUCUCUUGGAGAACCAACGUGACAUGGUAGAGGCUGAACUUGAUUUUGGGAUGCAGACUGAAUUUGAAGAAGUUGGUGCCUUACUUUAUGAUCUCUUACAAGAGCUUUUUGCUGCUCGAAUUCUGACUGUCUGCAGUGUCUUCUUACAGAUUAUUCCUAGCGGAGACGAGCCAUUGGGUUUGCAAGCUCCACUUGAAGUCCGCAAUCUGAUCUUGAAAACAGCACUGCACAGUAAUGAAUAUUGUGGUAUCAAGUUCAUGCUAAGGAGCUGUCCUCGUCUAGAGACGCUUACCAUAGACAUUGGCCCUGCAAGAAUUUUCCCAGAUUAUGAACCUCCCUAUCCAUUCGACCCUGAGAAACUUUGGUCAAGGAACUUUCAAGUUGAAUUUUGCGUCUCUGGGACUCUUAGGGUGGUGAAUGUGAAGGGAUUUAAGGGCACGAGGAAUGAACUAUAUGUGCUGAGAUACUUGCUCCACUUCGGCCGUGCAAUGGAGGAACUUAAUCUUUAUGCCUCCAAUGAAGAUGGCGAUAAUGGCGAGAAUAGGGAGUUCUACAUGGGAAGAGCACAGAUAGUCUUGGGAUUCUACAAGGCAUCUCGGAAUGUAAGCAUAUCAGUCCUAUAAACCAGUCUUCCCAACAACCAUUUUAUUUUGGUAUCCGCUUUGAAAUAAUACCAGCAACUUGGUGAUGAUUCACUAAACUUUGUGCUGAAGAUGAUGGAAGCUUGUGUUUUCAUCUCUACUUUUAUACAUUGUGGAUUCUUUUGAAUAA